GUUUACGAUGAUCUCCUGAUCAUGAGUCCCUGUCGAGCGCAUUUUUUAUUGUGUUCAAGCAAGACCGUUUCCUGUAGGACUUAAAGUCUUUAUAUAAAGACUUCUAAGUAUAAUGGCUUCUUUUGUCACCCUGGCGGCGCUCGCUGCUAGCAUAGGGCAAACCUAUGCCCAGUCGGCUUUGACUGUCAAUACUGCAUCUACGUUGCAACAAAUAGAUGGCUUUGGUGUCUCCCAGGCAUUCGGCCGCGCAGCUGAGUUUAGGGACAUGUUAUCUGGAGAUCCUCAGAAGCAGGGUCUCGAUUACUUAUUCAACACAACUACUGGUGCUGGUCUUACAAUCAUCCGUAACCGUAUUGGCUCAGGUACGUCCAAUAGUGACAGUAUUCUCCCGAAGAGCCCGGGCGGCCCAAGCGCGGCUGCAAACUACAGCUUCGACGAUGAUGACCGAGGCCAACUCUGGUUCAGCCAGCAAGCCAUGAAAUAUGGAGUCAAAACUAUCUAUGCGGAUGCAUGGAGUGCACCGGGUUUCAUGAAGACCAACAACAAUGAAAACAACGGCGGCUACCUUUGCGGUACGCCAGGCCACUCAUGCUCGUCUGGAGACUGGCGUCAACCCUAUGCCGACUUCUUGGUCCAGUACGUGAAGUACUACAGCGAGCGCGGCAUUCCCAUUACGCAGCUUGGCUUUUUGAACGAGCCUGACUAUGUAACGAGUUACUCGUCAAUGCAAUCCGGUGCUAACGAAGCUGCAUCAUUUAUCCCCAUAUUAUACGAUACACUUGGGGCUAAUGACCUUAGCAACGUGUCUAUAACUUGUUGCGACGCGAUGGGCUGGAACUCUCAGCGAACUAUCACGCAAGGUCUCGUCUCAGCAGGCAUGGAGAAAUAUCUUGGAUAUAUUACCAGUCACAUGUACACGGGUGACCCGAACUCGGUUAUUUCUACCAAGCUAAAGACAUGGCAAACCGAGGCAGCCGACCUCCAAUCGCGCUGGUGUGCGACGUGGUAUAGCGGCGGUGGCCAAUGCGAAGGCUUUACUUGGGCGCAAAAGAUUCAUAAUGGUCUUGCAAGCGCUAACCUGUCUGCUUACAUCUACUGGCAAGGUGUGGAAGUGAACCAGUUCCAAGCGUCUUCCUACCUUGUUGCGAGCGACGGGAAAACACUGACACCCUCCGGUCGUCUCUGGGCCUUCGCGAUGUGGUCGCGGUUCGUACGCCCCGGUGCAUACCGCGUUAGCACGUCUGGUAGUGUUUCCAGCACUGGUAUCACAGCAUUUAAGAACACGGAUGGCUCAGUAGUUGUGGUUUUCCUUAACUCCGGCGGCUCGCAGCAGAGUGUCAAGGUUUCGUUCAAAGACUUUACCCCAGCAGCUGCUGAAGUUUUCGUGACGGAUAACACCCGAUCUGUGGCUUCGGUCGAGUCAAAACUCGCCGACGGUGCAGUUACGGUUUCUGUUCCUUCACGAGGAAUGCUCACGGUCAAACUGACUGCUGCAUCGUGAUGUAUGAGGUUUUGAUAUUAAGCAUGUACUGUUGUUUACUAAAAUGCGGGCAUAUUUACCCCUCCCCGUUACUACUUCAUGAUAUUCCACGACUGUUGGCUUUGGUAUCUGCCUUUUAUAUUAGCACGUUGGUGGCGAAACUCUGGGGAUGAUUUGUAUGAAGGCGUCGUGUGUUUCGGCCUUCCUACUUUAAAAUGAUAUGUUCCUUUGAAAUAUGGGUUGAUACCAAGAACUUCCUAUAACUAGUUAAUUCUUCUAACUAUAGAGUUUAGUGGGCCUUGCUGCUGUCUCUUUAACUAGGUACCUUAGGUAGGUAUGGCACAUUGCACCUUAUUAAGAAUUAUCUAAUGCCCGGGUAUCAUAUUCUACAAGUACGCUAAAUCAUCUAGUUAAUACUCUAACAUGACAAACACUAGAAUAAAAGAUAUCUACGGUCUGAUAAUCUAGGGCGUUCGUCAGCUAUCAGAUAAGCAAUCAUGUAAGGGCUUUUAACCUUCUCAUGAUGUGGGCAUUAGCCAAUAAGAGAAGGCUUAGAAGCCCUUGCGUGAAU